UCUGCGAAAGAUUGCUUAAGAAGAGGGUGACUUCACUGGUGGCCUAAGACGGACCUAUCGCCCGAACGGCUGAUCGCGCUGUCAUCACAGGAGCUGGUGCGCGCAGCGGCUAUUCCGGCAAACGACGCACCUUGGCUUUGCUAUAAGAGCCCUGUCUGGAUGGAGCCAGCAUCACUUCAGAGCGAUCCAGGCAGCAAGUAGCACCUGCCACGUACUAAACCCGGACCUUGCAUCUUUGCAGCAUUUCCCAGUGAGCGGAUCAACACGGAUCUAGCGUCGCCGUGACUGCUGAAUCCUCUUCUGACGGCGCAGCUGUGAGGCAUAUCUGCGAAAGAUUGCUUAAGAAGAGGGUGACUUCACUGGUGGCCUAAGACGGACCUAUCGCCCGAACGGCUGAUCGCGCUGUCAUCACAGGAGCUGGUGCGCGCAGCGGCUAUUCCGGCAAACGACGCACCUUGGCUUUGCUAUAAGAGCCCUGUCUGGAUGGAGCCAGCAUCACUUCAGAGCGAUCCAGGCAGCAAGUAGCACCUGCCACGUACUAAACCCGGACCUUGCAUCUUUGCAGGUACGUAAGCGUUCAAACGUUCAUCUCGAGUUCAAAUUAUAGCUGCUGGAUCGCUCUGCAUUGUUGCAUUGUUGCUCUGUUGUAGGGAAAUUGUAAUGGGUGAAAAUCCGCUGAAAUCAUUUGGACAGGUUCUUGCGGACAAACCGCCGGGUACCAUUAAAGAACUAGCUAAAGUCUUGCUUGACAUAACCUCAAAGCUGGAAAGUAUCACAACAAGCAUCAGAGCUGACAUAAGAAGCUUAGUAGCAGACAACAAACAGUCCCAGAGGGACAUGCAGGACAUUAAGACAUCCAUGGAUGUAAUGAAUAGGACAUUUGAGCAACUAAGGACUGACGUACACAACGUGCACCGCGAACUAUCAGAAGUGAAACACCAGCAGGCUAGUAUUAUUGGCGAUGUGCACCAGUUGCAGGGGGAAGUGAGGGAAAUGCGACAGGAAAUAAUCGAGCUCAAGCAGUACAGUCGUCGAAACAACUUGGAAAUAAGAAAUGUUCCAGUGUCGGCAGACGAAUCGCUGCCAGACAUGAUGCAAAACAUAGCGACUUGCUUGAAGAUGGAACUUCGUACCGAAGAUAUCGAUGUAGUGCAUCGAGUUCCGACCAAAAACAAGGCUCAACAGAAUAUUUUGGUAAGGUUUACAUCCAUUGCAGUCCGAGACAAAAUGAUAAAGAAUGCCAAGAAAGAGAGAUUGUCUACAUCAGCCCUUGGCUUCCAAAAGAAUGAGCCCAUAUUCAUUAAUGAACACCUCUGCCAAGAGAAUAAGAUUCUUCUCGCAAAAGCUCGCCAAGCGAGAAGAGAGAAAAAUUGGAAGUAUGUAUGGGUAUCCCAGGCCAAAAUUCUAAUGCGGAAAACCGAGAAUUCUCGUGUCUUGCACAUCAUUUCUGAAGACGACCUGAAAAAGGUAGUUUAGAGCCUCUAGUGCUAAGUCUUGCUUGCCACACCAAUCAUGGCGUUCUCAAUCCGUGAUGUUGAACGGGAAUUCCACAAAACCCAGGGUAUAUCGAUACUUCACUGUAACAUUCGAAGUUUUCGAAGAAACAAAGAUACAUUGUGUUCCUUUUUAGCACAGCAUAAUUUUACCUUUGAUGUAAUUGGCUUAACGGAAACUUGGUUAAAAGAAGGUGAGCACAUCUCAAUUCCGGGAUACAGUCUUGUAAGCAAUCCCAGGAAUACAGUAUCUCGUGGGGGUGGAGUGGCUCUACUAAUCACGCAGACAGUACCCUUUAGGAUAAUCACCAAUACUGAAAUAAGUAACAAUACGGUUGAAUCUCUCUUUGUUCUUUUAGAUUCACGCAUAGUUGUUGGUACAAUAUACCGGCCACCAAACUCGAGUCUGCCCGUUUUUUAUCAAUCGUUGGAAUCUAUCCUUUCCACCCUAAGCAGUAAGAGCUAUGGUACCAUCACUAUUGUUGGCGACUUUAACAUUGAUAUCAGCAAAGACACGAAUUGUGAAUACACGCACCUACUGGAUUCAUACAACUUCAAAAAUACAAUCCAAGAGCCUACUAGGUUGUCACCAAGGGCAUCCACAACUAUAGACCAUGUAUUGUGUAACAGUGAUAACAUACGUUCUGGCGUAUACGAUACGAGUCUCACGGACCACUGCCCUAUUUUUGCGUUAUUACACAGCGCAAAUAAUACCAUUGCAAAAAAGACUACCUUGGCAAAUCGCAGGAUUAAUUACAAAAUACUGCGACAAAAAAUUAAAGAAAAGGAAUUUCAUGAUGAAUUUAGCAGUGACUCUCAUAUCGAAUGCGCAAACUUUACAAAUGCAUUAGCCCACAUGAUAUCUCAGAGUACCACAUAUAAACAAAACAAAUACGAGGAACCUUUGUGCCCAUGGAUGAAUAACACCAUACUUACAGCAAUAAAAGAAAAGGACUGGUGGUACCAAAAAUGGAAAAAACAUAGAGAUAACACCUAUUAUUUGCAAAAUUAUCGAAUAUCUCGUAACCACGUAGUAGCUGUUAUCCGGAGGCGGAAAAAAGAAUACAACGCAUUCCUAAUAAAACAAGCACAAGGCAAUACCAAAAAAAUGUGGGAAAUUAUAAAAGCAGUAAUUGAUAAACCAAAUAAAAAACCAAUCGCUCCUGAACAUGUCGAUGCCAAGUGCGCCGACACUUUUAAUGCGUAUUUUACUAGCAUUGGCCCAAAACUAGCGGAGCGUA